CGGAAGUGUGAGCAGAUCCGGUAGUACGUCUUCAAUGCGGGAAAACGUCGUGUGUUUGUUUUUUGUGUUUUUUGAUAUAUGUAUAUUUUUACUGAACUCUUAAAAGAAUGAAGAGGUACAGGCCAGCUUCUCCUGCGGCGAGUUAUGAAAAUAUUACAAUUUCCCAAUCCAAAAUGCAGAAACUGAUUCAACAGGAAGUUAACAAUGCGUUGAAAAAGAAAGAAACCAGGCUUGACACAUUACUGGCAACUAUUCAAGAGCUUGAUUGUAGAAUUGACUUUGAGAGCUCUUUACAAAAGUUAGAGGCACAAGUUAAGAAGGUGACCAAGAGAUCAGAAGCUGUUCUUGCCCACUUGACGAAGACACAGAAAAAGGAUCCACUGGAAUUUUGUAAUGUUGCAGAAAUUAACAGUAUAAAUCCUGAGGAGGAAGCUAUGGAAACUGUAUCAUACAACGAUACAAAUACAGCAAGUUGUACAGAUUUCAUGGAGAAAAGUAAAGAACUCUCAGCAAUCAUGGAAACCACGACGACGGUGUUAUUGAAUAUGCGUGCAGAUAAUACAGCUUUGAAUGCUGCCAUAGCAGAUUUAACUGCAGAUCCUCCACCUCCAGUGCUUACACCAUGUGAGCAGGUAAUUGCCAUUCGUGUAAAGACAGAGCCAGAGGAUGAUACCGAAUUUGGAAACACUCCUGAGGAGCCGUUAAAAGUGCCAAAGGUGGAGCCGUUCUGUCCUGACUAUGAAGAGGAGGUAGAGCUGUCACAUCCUCCUUUACCUCCUCUUCUAUUCCCUUUAACCCUAAGUCCGGAGGCAGCCUCGUACAACGUUCCUCAGAGACUAACAGUAAAACUAGCUCUCAUCAAAAGACCUGCUUGCCUCUCUGUACUUUGGAGUGUAGAUGAGGACGACCCCUUGGCACCACCAAUGGAUAGCUACAGUGUUUACAUGAGUACAGAAAAGGUAAAAGGCAGCAACAUCUUCCCCUACUGGAAACUCCUUGAGACGGUGAAGGCCGUACCUCUGCCCAUGUUUAAAAUGGUCACCGACUACCAGCCGGGGCACAAGGUGUGCGUCGUCGUGGUGGGAAAAGACAUUUUUGAUCGCUAUGGACCUUACAGCCAUGUGGUUAUUGCAACCAUACCUGAAGACGGAUGAUUUAAAUGACUUAAAAUCACUCAUACCUGUGUAUAAUUUACCAUUUUUUUAAAAGAAGGAAUAAAUGCAUCACUUUAAGACCUCUAAUUGUUCUGUUGAAUGUGGUUGAACCUCUAAGAUGUGCUAUUUGACUUGAUUACUUGACUUGUUUCAUCCUCAGUAAUGGUUAGAAUUGUGAUAAUUUACAUUUUGUGUGAGUUUUUCAUUAGGCAGCACUAAGUAAAGGCACCCGCCACUACAGAAUGUAAUAAAAAAAGGCAGUCAUAUCACCUCCAUGAUAUGGAAAUGGUUUGGUUUUUGCAAACUUACACUGCUUCAUUGUUCAGCUUAUAGGUUGCAAAGGUCUGCUUUUGUUGGAGCUACAGUGUUUAUUUUGUGUGUUUUAAGAAGUUGGAGUGCAUCUAUAUAGGGAGUCAUUACACUGACAUUAAACAUCCGCUCAGCAUCAGCGAUAGUUUGUGUGAAUAUGUAUGUCCCCUAUCAACCAGGAGGACUCAGCACAGAAGCACCACAGAGUGAUGGGCCUCCUAAGACCCCUUAAAAACCCACACCCACAGUCACACUGACACACACGUACAAACACACAGAUUGGCCUAAUUAGAGUUGACAGCAGAGAAGAGAGAGAGCUUAUGAAAAAGAGGGCUAGGCAGAGAUAAUGAAAAAAAAGAAAGAAAAAACAUGGUGCAGAGAAUCCAAAUAGGGAAAGCAGAGGUGGAGCAGAGAGCGAUUAAGGAGCGGAUGCGGUCUUGAAAGUUUUAAAGUGAAGUGUUGGCAGAACGCUGGCCCACUUCUUCAUUCCCUUCUGUCCUAUAAGAUGAAUGAUGGUCACUGAACACCAGAGUGGAUGAACUGCAUUUUCACUGCUGUCACCGUAUGAACUUCUAUGACAAAAACUACACAAGUGAUGCAA